GAACGUUAUCACGGGAUUGUUUCGUAAACCUUUCCCCUGAUAAAGUGAAAAAUCUGAAAUAGACGUUUAGAAGUUGUUGGUAUGACUAAAUUUGCAAAAAAUUAGAACGAAACUUAUAUAACCCUGGGAAACUUUAAAACAUAAAUGAUAAAUGAUCUUACUCAUAUAUGAACCUGAGCGUCGAAAGGUAUUUUAUGCAGAAAUCAGAUAACGUAAAGGACCCCAUGGUUUAAAGAUCCAAGAUAUAAUCUCCAGACAACAUGACUUUGUGUCCCGAACUCGCAAAAGAAUACAAUAUUAUCACUAUAGCUAACAUAAACUCACUACAACUUAGUACUUACGACAGACAACCAGGGACAAGAGUACAAGUCUCCUGCCUUUCAAACACGUUUAAGGUACUCGGGCCUACAUCGCUCACAUGUCUCCGUAACGGGACCUGGGAUAAACAAGUUCCCAAAUGUGUAAGCAGAAAGGAGUAUAUUGCAUCACAAAUGAAACCCAAGACCACUGUUAGUCCCGUUAAACCAAAAGAAGGAGCAGCACAAGGCGCAUCUUCGACAUCAAGCAUUGAUUCCUCAUUAGCUGUUUUCUCCGGAAACCUUGUUCCUUACAUCAUCACUGUCUGUGUCCUAGCUAUAAUGUUCCUUAGUUUGGUGUUCAUACUGACAUAUUUGGUGCGCAUGCGCAAAAUCGUAAACAGAAAAAUAAACGAAAUAGAGGAGAAAGACCGGCGCCCUGCGCAUGUGCGCGCUGUGGACAGUUUGCGAUCCCUACAAUCGGGCUCUGCGACAAUUUAUGACUACUUCCGACACACCGACUCCCCGACCCUCAGCGCUUCAACCUCAUCCCACAGUACCACACAUAGAUCUAAGUACGAGACUCAGUGGGACAGACCAGGGGCGUCCCCUUUGUAUAACGACGAUCAGCAAAACAGGCAAAGAGCUUCCUCUCUCUAUGACGAAGAUCAAACAAACAGACAAAGGGCGAACUCCAUGUACGACGAAGGUCAACAAAAUCGGCGAGAAAAUGCAUCGUUAGGACGGGAUUAUGUAUAUUCAAACAUAGAUUCGAGAUUUAAACGCCAAAAAGAAGGAAAUGGUUCACAGGGUGCAUAUUUAAAUAGUGGUUUUCAAGGACGUGAAGGAUACUCAAAUGGACCUCAAGGAGUUUAUGGACAAUAUGAUCCUAGGGUCAAACGUGCUCGGAGUCACGAAAUCUUGAAAACGGCAUAUUCAAACAGUUAUGGUGAAAGAUUCAGGCGUGAAAACGACAGAGAUACGAGGUCUUUACAUCAUGCAAACGAAGAUGAUAGGUGGUUUCAGUUAUAAGAAAACAUAUUUUUUAAAAAGAACAGGAAACAUAAACAACGUGUAGAGGAAAAUCAAUGUUUUCGCAGUGAAUGCAACUUAAAGUGAGAGCAAUACUUCCAUAUGUUAAUAAAGUAAAAAGAUUACAUUCCAAAUUGGACAAUUGAUGCACUAUGAAAAAAAAAAUACCUGUUCUGUGCGGCACUGGAAACCAUUGUUGUUACUCUGCAAAUCCAUCAUAUAUUUAUAUCAGUUUUGUAAUUUAAAACACUAAAUGUUUUUAUUUUUUGUUUUAAACAUGUUUAGUCGUUAUCACUGUACCAUAUUUGUCUGAUUUUCAUAAUGAGUUAUAACCACAUAAAUCGUAAUUUAACCCAUGGUUCAUGUAUCAUACCAUUAUUUAUGCAUAUAUUCAAAUAUCAAGAACUACAUUGUUUUUUUC